UUUUCUUCUUUUCGUCUUCAUAACUUUUUCAGAACGCAACUUUCUCCGUAAAAUGUCCUCUUUGUGGGCAUUAUAUGCUGCUUUCUUCUUAUUAAGUGUUUUAUGGUGUUGUUAAAAAGUCCCGUUCCGAGAAUGUCAACUUUUGUUGUCGGGGGUCUUUGCCCCCUCCGGACAGUUGAAACGUUACCAGGCAGAUCGGACGCUGAGGACGUGAGGUGUUUGCUGAUUGGCGGAGAAAUCCAAUGGGCGGAGCUUUGUGGCUUGCCUAUUUAACGCUUUGUUCCAUUGUUGCUGCUUGUGUUUUCCAGCUGGGUCCUGCUCAGGGGGGGUCGAUAGUUGCAGAGAGGACCUAACAGUUUGAGGGUACCACUUUUUUUUUUUUGCACUUUAUUACUCGACACGCAAAAAUGUCGUUCUCUUGCGAUCACUCUUUGGAUGGGAGCUUCCCUCCUUCCCCGGCGGAGGACGAGGGCUCCAAGCGGCUGUCCUGGGGCAGGCUGCUGCACAGGCUGGCCGAGGUGAAGGGUUCCAACCAGAAGCUUUCCACACAGCAGUGCAACAGUGAAACUGGUUCUGUAGCAGACAUGUCCCUGUCAGAGUCUGAGAGCAGCUUCCUCUGUUACCCCCUGGAGGAGACCCUGGCUGCAGACGUCGUAGCCACCAUUGCACAAUCCCUCCACCAGGCGUCCCACGUCCUGGGCUGCGGCACAAUCAUCAUCCCAGACUCUUUGCUGCACCACAUGGGUCAAGAACUGGUCCACCUGGCGGGCAGCGAGCCCUGCGGCCUGAGGGGAGCGCUCAUAGACCUCUGCGUGGACAAGGGAGUCCCGGGUGAGCCGUGUCCCGUGGAUCAAAUCGCAGUGGACGCGAGUUUGGUGCCCACUUUCCACGUCACGCUGGUGCUGAGGGUGGAGUCUGGGGGAUUGUGGCCGAAGGUGCAGAGGCUCUUUAAAUCGGAGAAGACGUGCCAGUUGCCUGCCAGGCGGUCUGUGAGACUGAGCUCCGGUUUCAGGGCCAUGAAGAGGAAGUUGUAUUGUUCAGGGGAGCUGCUGGUUGAAGAAUGCUGCUGAUCACCGCUGAGGACUUUCAAAAUGGCACUAAGCGCACCAUCCUUAGCUGGUACGCAAGGCAGCUCAUCACCUGUGGGGGACUUUUUUUUUUUUUUUUAA